AUGGGCCUUAUUAACGACUCUGCGACUGACGAACGAGCUAAUUUGACGUCGACGUCUCCGUAUCGGCGGUCACUCUCCUGGAUAACUGAAAUGUUACAAGUUGGGAACGCCGAGGGCGAAAUACAGCUGCUUGGGGCACACUGUCAAGGUCACUUGAAGGACUCGUUUCGUUCUCAUGAACGACGAAUGGUCACCGUCCUCGACCAGAUGGCACUGCCAGCGGGUUUGGACCUGUUAGCAAAAGUUUUAGGCGAACGA